AUGGAACCGGAGAAGACAGAAACAUCAGAGAAGCAGAAUUCAGACCAUUUCAGAUCAGAAAAAUACUCCAUGGACUCAUUUGACGUCCUAGGAACUCUAGGUGUAGGCACUUUCAGUCGAGUAAGACUAGUUCGGAGCAAGGAUCAGUCUCAUAUGAAGCCAUUAGCUCUGAAAAUCCUCAAAAAGACCUCGAUUUUGAAAAUGAGGCAAAUAAAGCACCUUACUCCCCCGUUUAAAUUGGAACCAAACAUAGUACUUAAAGGGCCCGAAUUUUUUUUUCAUCGGAAAAUGUUAUCAAUGGAAAUACUAAUUUUUAUAAAAUAAUUUUUAACCUAAUUUAAUAGCAAAAGCGCAGGUAGAUUGUUUUUAAACAGUUUUGCACUGAAUCAAUUAAUUUUUUUUAUUAUUUCUUCAUAAAAAUAAAUUUAAAAAUUCAUAGCAUUGUGCUCAAUUUAUAUUAAAAAUUUUUUAUAAAUAUAAUUUUUUUUCAAAAAUAAAUUUACCCAAAGGAUUAUUUUCCAAUUAAGGGGGAGGAGUUAGGAACGAAAAAGAAAUAAUGGAACAACUUGACCAUUCCUUCAUAACAAAAAUUCUCGGAACUUUUCAAGAUGACUAUUACGUCUUUUUCGUACUAGAAUACGCCUGUGGAGGCGAACUCUUUACUAGGAUGAAAAAACUAGGCACUUUUCCAGCACAGGAUGCUCAGUUUUAUAUUGCUGAGCUCGUUCUUGCUCUGGAAUACCUGCAUGACAAAGGAAUAGUUUUUCGAGACCUUAAGCCUGAAAAUAUUUUAAUUGACAGGCUUGGACACAUCAAACUGUCAGACUUUGGCUUUGCCAAGGCAAUAUCAGAUGGGAAAACUUACACUAUGUGUGGCACUCCUGAAUAUUUGGCACCGGAAAUUAUUCUUGGAAAAGGCCACGGACGUGAGGUAGAUUGGUGGGCUUUAGGAGUUUUAUUGUAUGAGAUGCUGGCUGGGUAUCCUCCUUAUUAUGACGAUAGUCCAUUUAAUAUAAACCUAAUAAAGUUAAUAGGUUAAUAAUAUUUUUCUAUAGCACAUUAUUGAUAAAUUAUAUUAAAUAAUUAUAUACCAAAAAAUUUUAUUAGGGAGAUUGAUUUUUCCUCCUCACUUUGACGAUGUGAUUUGCUCGCUAAUUUCUGGGCUUUUAGAACCCAGCAUACAAAAAAGAAUAGGAUACAAACAAAAUGCUGCAAGUGAGCUGAAAAAUCAUGCUUGGUUCAGCAAUAUUGAUUUUAGCUCACUGCUUGCAAAGGAAUGUGCUAGUCCUUGGGUUCCAGAAUUAAUGUCAGAGGACGACACAUCAAAUUUCAACACAUACCCAGAUUCACUAGACCAGCCCCAUGCUCCUAAAUUCACAAGAGAUAGGGACCCCUUUAUCGGGUUUUAA